AUGAAAUCAGAUACCUAUAUAGAAGAAGCACAAUACAAACAGAGACAGAUCAGAAGCUUUAUUACUGCAAUGAAGAAGCUAGAGGCUAAGAGAUGGGAACCCUUCAACCUCCAUAAAUCUCCAUUAUCAUCUUUAAAUAUCCAUAUAAUACAAAACUAUAUGAUAGAUACAAUGGAACAUGCAAAGGUAACACAUCAAACUAUGUAUGUAGGGACAUAUUUAAUGAAUAUUGGAAUUAAAAAUUGGGACGAUUUAAUGAAUAAAAUGCCCUCAAACUAUAAGAAAAAGGAGCUUGAUUGGAAAUUAAUAGUAUUUGUAGUAACAUGUAUAGCAUUAGCAGCAAAUUAUGAAGAGAUUGAACCUCCUUCUAUAAGAGUUUUAUUAGAACAUGUACUUUCAUUGAGACAGGUGUCUCAUGAACCACCAGAUGCACUUAUAAAAACUAAGAAACACUUAUCUUUAAUGAAGAAGCAUAUAAAUGAUAUGCAGGUAUCUCUUUGGAGUUUAUCAAAUUUCCAGGUUGAAGUGCCAUCUUCAUUCUCAUUCAUAACACAUUUAGUAGAGAGUGAUGCUAAUCUUCCUAGUAAAUAUUAUAAAAAGUUAUUGAGAAAUUGCAAUAAAACCGCUCUUAAAGCCUUGAAAUUAAGCAAGUUUUUGAAAUUAAGGCCUUCAUUAGCUGCAACUGCAAUAUGUAUAUAUGUAGCUAGAUGUAUAAUCAAAGAUCUUGAAGUUCAAAAUGCCUUCAUAACAUGUAUUCUCAGUAUUAUGAAAUACUCAAGGAAAAGAGUAGAAAUAAUUAUUCAACAACUCUCAGAUAAUUUUAGUUAG